AUGUAUCUUUCAAACAGGAAUUUAAAGAGGAACAGAGAAAACAAACACAAAAUCCAGUUUCCAUUUGGAGUGUACUUCAACGCAAAUGGAGAUGCGAUGCUCAACGAUAUGGUGAAAAGACAAGGGACCUGUCAACGGAGAGCGUACAGAAUCCCUUCGAGUGUCUUGUCAUCUUACACUAGGCACGUUAUUGAAUUCGGUAUGUUCAACAUCUUGAGUUUCAGGUGCCGUAUUAAUUUAACGUAAAUAGGAAUGGAUACGAAUGUGGCCAGAAUUAUAUAUAUAUAUAUAAAAUGUUCUCGAGUGUGUAUUUCAUAAUUUCCAUACCCAGCGCAAGCAGAAAGAUAAAGUCUGCCACGGCUGCGUCUUGAACCUGCAACCUUCAAAUUACUAGAUUGAUGCUCUACCAACUGAGCUACAUGGUCAGACAGAUUUAAGACUGGAAAUUAUGAACUAUAUACUGAAUGUCAUGAACAUACUUGUUUAUAUUAAUUCAGCAUCGAACCAUACUGGUUCUGAAAGUGUUAUGUUAUGUUGUGUUAUUGUUCAACUCCGUAAUAUGAUAAGUACAAAAUGUUCUCGAGUGUGUAUUUAGUAAUUUCCAUACCCAGCGGCAGAUAUAUAUAUAUAUAUAUAUAUAUAAGGUAUAAUUAUAAGAUAUAAAUUAUUUGCUGUUAAUAGCUUGCAAGAUUUGUGACGAUCAGCCCAAGGACAAUGAGGGAGGCAAUGAAGACACAGGGAUGCUGAAAUUAUUCCAGGAGGAUAUUGAAGUGUUAGAGGCCGUGGAGAACAUGCUCCAUGUACAAAUGGAAGGUACACUCCGGAAACUGGAAAGGAAUAUGUAGGAAUAUGUGUAGACAUAAUGAAGUUGUGAAUGUUUCUGUUUAGCGUGGGCAAGUAAUCGUGUCACAGAUGGCGAAUUAGUAGAAGACAAUCUGCAGGUGGCUGAAGAUAUCAACUACGAUUACAGUUUUACAGAGGCAAGAUUUUAA